UCUCAUUGAUAGUUUUCAAUUAUUGAAUUGUGAAUAAUUAAUUCCUUCUAACAUUAUUGUGUGAAUUAAAGGAUGUCGAAAAGAAGGAAUGUGGAAGGUGAUUCUUCUCGAUGUAGGAAUGCUAAUGUUUUGAUAUGGACUCCUAAUAUGGAAGAUAAGCUAAUUGAUGCUUACUUGAAUCAACAUGUAAUGGGAAACCGAGUUGAUGGGAAUUUUACAUCAAUGGCUUAUAAUGAAAUAGUAGCCGAACUUAAAGAAAGCUUUCCCGAUAAGCCAUUUGAUAAGGAAAAAGUAAAGAAUCGCAUGAAAUAUAUGAAGACAAAAUGGACAGCUUGUUAUGAUUUAUUUAAGAAUGUCGGAAGUGGCUUUGCUUGGAAUCGAAGCACGGGUUUGUGGAGUGCGGAACCUGAGGUUUGGGAUAGACUAAUCGAGGCUCACCCAGAAGCUGCUGAAUGGAGGACCAAGUCUAUCCGAAACUAUGAUAAACUAUUGGAGCUUUUUGCAGCUGAUAGAGCAAAUGGGGAACUUGCUGAAACUGCGGCUGAGAUACGAGAAAGGAGGAGGGAUUUUAGUGCAAGCAAUGGCUUUGAUUCUCAUACAAUUGAGGACAUCGAUGGUAUGGUUUCUCGACAUGAAAUUUUGUUAGAGAAUUUCGAUAGGAUUAAUGAUGAGGACCCAAAUGACAACAAUGAUGAACAUGUGAUUACCCCUGAAACCAAAUCAACUGCAAAUUCACAAAAGAAAACUAGAAAAUCGAAGGACGAAAUUUCUAUUGUUGAUCAGGAGGUGAUAAAGGGUAUGCAGAGGAUAGCUGAGGCAAUUGAAUCCACUGGUGAUAAAUACAUACAAGCUCUUGAACGUGCUCCAAUGAAAAGUAGUGAUGUUUGGAAUCAUUUGCUUGAACUUGGUGUUGAGACUGCUCAAAUUAAACAAGCAUAUCUUUUCCUAACUAAGCAUCCAGAGGAUCUAAAAGCUUUGCUUGGAUGUCCAUUGGAAGAGCGCAAGGAACUUCUUAUGAUGAUGUUAUCUUGAGAAUCUAUUGUUAUUUAUUUUUGUAAGUUGUAUUGCCGAAUUUGAUUAUCUGUGGCAAUUACAAACUUGUUUGUUUUUGUGUUGCUUAUGGCAAAACUUAGUAUGCAUGUGGUCAUAUUUUGCUAGAAACAUGUGCUAAUUGCAAAACUUUGAUUUUAUGAAUUAUGUUCCUUUUUUAUGUAA